AUGAAGAGCCUUGAACGACAAGUGGGACAAUUGGCUAAACAAGCUAAACGGCCAACCAAUAUCCUCCCAAGUGACACAGUACCCAACCCAAGAGAAGAAUGCAAAGCUUUCCAAUUGAGAAGUGGCAAGGUAAUUGGAGAAAGUCCUAACAAAGAAGUAAUAAAACUCAACGAGCAAGGCACAUCAAGCAAGCAAGAUGAAGACAAGAUAGCAACACCUCAAGAGGGCAAGGAAGAUGAAAAGCCACAAAGCAAGACACCCACUCCAGACAACCAUCUCAAUAACAAGGAGAGUGUGAAGUCACAACAGGAGGACAAGAAUGAAGGAGUGAAAGCAUAUGUACCCAAGCUUCCAUAUCCAACCAGGAUACACAAAGGAACGAAAGAUCAACAAUUUCCAAGGUUCUUGGAAAUCUUUAAGAAACUUGAAAUCAACAUCCCAUUGGCGGAGGCCUUGGAACAAAUGCCACUAUAUGCAAAGUUUCUCAAAGAAUUAAUCACCAAGAAGAGAAGUUGGCAAGAGAAAGAAACAGUGAUUCUCACUCAAGAGUGUAGCGCCAUUAUUCAAAGGGGACUGCCACCAAAACUCAAGGAUCCAGGCAGCUUCCUCAUACCAUGCACAAUUGGGAGUAUAGCCAUUGACAAAUCACUCUGUGACCUGGGAACAAGCAUUAACUUAAUGCCCCUUACCAUGAUGAAGAAAAUGAUGAUAGAAGAGUUGAAACCCACAAGGAUGUCACUCCAACUUGCUGACAGGUCUAUCAAAAUACCAAAUGGUGUAGUUGAGAACCUCUUGGUGAAAGUGGGGAACUUCAUAUUCCCAGCUGAUUUUGUGGUCCUAGAUAUGGACGAAGAGGGGAGCAACUCAGUUAUCCUUGGUAGACCCUUUUUGGCUACAACUAGAACAAUCAUUGAUGUGGAAAAGGGAGAGAUGAUCUUCAGAGUACAUGAUGAGCAGAUGACCAUAAAUGUCUUCAAGGCAAUGCAACACCCCGUUGAGAAAGAGAGUUGCAUGAGGAUUGAUGUGGUGGAUUCUUUAGUUGAAGAAAUACUUGAAAUAAACCAUCAAGUGAAACAGGAGGAAGUCCAAGACAUCCAAGGAUAA